GGAGGCCUCCUCUCCGGCCAGGUCCGCUUUGCGCACGGGCCGCGGGAGGGGUAGGAGGGCUAGCCUGCUGGCUGCUCCGGUAGGGGAGGAGGAGGGUUCCCUCAAUCCCCUCACCCGCACGAGUUGUGACCCCGGGAGCUGCUUUCGGUGCAGGGCGCUGGAGAGGGCGCUCCCCGCGCGCCGGGAGACCUGGGGACGCCUGUCUUGGGGGCGGAGGCCGCGCUGCGGAGCCGCCCACGCCGCGCGCCAGGAACAGAGAGUCCGCAAGAUGUUAGGACAUGCUGAGAUCCCUUGAAAUAGGCUGCUGGCACCCUGGUCAUGGAGGACUGCAACGUGCAUUCGGCCGCCAGCAUUCUGGCCUCGGUGAAGGAGCAGGAGGCCCGCUUCGAGCGGCUGACACGGGCACUGGAGCAAGAACGGCGCCAUGUUGCCCUGCAGCUGGAGCGUGCCCAGCAGCCUGGCAUGAGCAGUGGUGGUAUGGUGGGCAGCGGGCAGCCCCUGCCAAUGGCCUGGCAGCAGCUGGUUCUGCAGGAGCAGAGCCCGGGUAGCCAGGCAUCGCUGGCCACGAUGCCGGAGGCACCCGAGGUGCUGGAGGAGACAGUGACUGUGGAGGAAGACCCUGGCACCCCCACCUCUCAUGUAUCCAUCGUCACAUCAGAAGAUGGUACAACCCGGCGGACUGAGACUAAGGUCACUAAGACGGUCAAGACUGUGACCACAAGGACAGUACGCCAGGUACCUUUGGGCCCAGAUGGACUCCCUUUGCUGGAUGGCGGCACUCCACUUGGCUCUUUUGCUGAUGGGCCCCUGGACCGGCAUUACCUACUGCGUGGUGGUGGCCCAGCAGCCACACUCUCCCGAGCCUACCUCAGCAGUGGAGGUGGCUUUCCCGAUGGCCCCGAGCCCCGUGAUAUUCCAAGCUAUGGCAGCUUGUCCCGAGGGCUUGGGGUACGGCCACCACGAACUGGCCUCCUGGGCCCGGGACCUGGUGAUGGCUGUUUCACACUGCCUGGCCGCCGAGAAGCCUUCCCCAUGAGCUCUGAAUCUGGACCGCCAAGUGGCCGCUCCCUGCCUGAGCAUUUCCAGGCCGAACCAUAUGGCCUGGAGGAUGAUACACGGAGCCUGGCUGCGGAUGAUGAGGGCGGCCCUGACCUGGAGCCUGACUAUAGCACAGCUACUCGGAGAAGACCUGAGUAUGGGCGGGGCCUUCGCGCCAGGGCCUUUGAAGACACAGCAGACGAUACUGGUGAGCUGAUAGAAGAGCGUCCCCCCUUCCCAGCAGCAACAGCCCCUCUGGCCCAGCCUGAGAGGGGCAGCCUGGGCAGCUUGGACCGAGUAGUGCGGCGCUCACCUUCAGUGGAUAGCACUCGCAAGGAGCCACGCUGGCGGGACCCCGAGUUGCCAGAGGUGCUUGCCAUGCUGCGGCACCCUGUGGACCCUGUGAAAGCCAAUGCUGCAGCCUACCUGCAGCACCUCUGCUUUGAGAACGAGGGUAUCAAGCGGCGAGUGCGGCAGCUGCGCGGGCUCCCCCUGCUCGUGGCAUUAUUAGAUCACCCUCGGGCGGAGGUGCGGCGCCGGGCCUGUGGGGCACUGCGCAACCUCUCCUAUGGCCGCGAUGCUGACAACAAGGCUGCCAUCCGGGACUGUGGGGGCGUGCCAGCCCUGGUGCGCCUGCUGCGGGCUGCCCGUGACAAUGAGGUCCGUGAGCUGGUCACUGGCACACUCUGGAACCUGUCAUCCUAUGAGCCCCUGAAGAUGGUCAUCAUUGACCAUGGCUUACAGACUCUGACCCAUGAGGUCAUCGUGCCCCAUUCCGGCUGGGAGCGAGAGCCUAACGAAGACUCAAAGCCCCGGGAUGCCGAGUGGACAACAGUCUUCAAGAACACAUCAGGCUGCCUGAGGAACGUGAGCUCAGAUGGUGCAGAGGCCCGGCGGCGACUCCGUGAAUGCGAAGGGCUGGUGGAUGCUCUCCUACAUGCUCUGCAGUCAGCUGUGGGCAGGAAGGACACAGACAAUAAGUCAGUAGAGAACUGCGUAUGCAUCAUGCGGAACCUGUCCUACCACGUGCACAAGGAAGUUCCAGGGGCUGACAGGUACCAGGAGGCUGAGCCUGGGAUCCCUGGCAGUGCUACAACCUCCCAGCGUCGGAGGAAGGAUGACGCCAGCUGCUUCGGUGGCAAGAAAGCGAAAGGGAAGAAGGAUGCAGAGAUGGACCGGAACUUUGACACAUUGGACCUGCCUAAACGAACUGAAGCUGCGAAAGGCUUCGAGCUGCUGUACCAGCCAGAGGUGGUACGCCUCUACCUCUCACUCCUUACGGAGAGCCGGAACUUUAACACCCUGGAAGCUGCAGCUGGUGCCCUGCAAAACCUCAGUGCUGGCAACUGGACGUGGGCCACGUACAUCCGUGCCACAGUGCGCAAGGAGCGUGGGCUGCCAGUGCUGGUGGAACUGCUACAGUCUGAGACCGACAAGGUGGUGCGUGCUGUGGCCAUCGCGCUGCGCAACCUCUCGCUGGACCAGCGGAACAAAGACCUCAUCGGGAGCUACGCCAUGACAGAGCUGGUUCGGAAUGUUCGCAAUGCACAGGCUCCCGCUCACCCCAGUGCCCACCUGGAGGAGGAUACGGUGGUCGCCGUGCUCAACACCAUCCAUGAGAUCGUGUCCGACAGCCUGGACAAUGCUCGCUCCCUCCUGCAGGCCCGUGGUGUGCCUGCCCUGGUGGCACUUGUGGCCUCCAGCCAGUCAGUGCGGGAGGCCAAGGCAGCAUCACACGUGCUACAGACUGUGUGGAGCUACAAGGAGCUGCGUGGAGCCCUACAGAGGGACGGCUGGACGAAGGCACGCUUCCAGUCUGCUAGCACUGCCAAAGGACCCAAAGGGACACCAAGUUCUGGGGGCUUUGAUGACAGCACACUGCCACUGGUAGACAAGAACCUUGAUGGGGAGAAGUCAACCACCCGGGAUGUGAUCCCUAUGGAUACCCUUGGUCCAGAUGGUUACGCCACAGUUGACCGGAGAGAGAGGAGGACACUGGGCAGUGACUCCAUAGGGGACACCUCUGAAAAGGAACUAUUGAGACCCGACCCUGGCAGAAAGGCCCCUCCGCCUGGGCCCAGCAGGCCCUCGGUCAGGCUGGUGGACGCCGUGGGGGACGCUAAGCCUCAGCCUGUUGACUCCUGGGUCUAGCUUGCAUGCCUGGGCCCUGGCCCAGCUGUUUGUUCUUAGGGAUCGCAUCGAGGUAGCUGAAAGAGGGCCAGAGGGCCACCAUCUUGAGCAGACCCAGUCUUGGAGCCAGGAGCCCUACCCUGCGGUGGUGGGGUGGCCAAGCCUCUUGUCCUACCUUACUCUACCCUCUUCUCUACUCUCCUGAUCUAACUCUCCAGGCCUGAGUUAGCUGUUUACUGACAUGGUGCUGUGUGGUAGGAGAGGAGGUUGGGGGUAGGUCCCCAUGCACAGCCACAGAGGAGCAAGUACAAGCCUGGAGUGGAGGUCCUGGGGCAGGCAAUGGGACAAGUAAGGGGGCCUUGGAAAAGAACUUGGGCUCCCAAGGGUGGCUGGAGUACUACCCUGCAUGCAGUCUGACCACAGUGCGGGCUGCUCCAAAAGAGUCCAGACAGGGAAGUUUAGGAAGCAGCCAGAUUGGGGGUAGGGGCAAGCUGUGCUUGUCUCCAGCCCCCAUCCUUGGUUUCCUGGAACACCUUCCCUCUGCAGCAUACUCCUCCUAAGCUGCCUGUGGCUGGGGCCACCCUGGCUGUUGCAUCUGCCUAGAACCUCAAGUAACCUCGGGGCCUGACUGCCGGCAGCAGUGGGGGAACUGCUGUUCAGUGCCUGCUGUUUGUGACUUAAAAAUGAAGAAAACUGACAAAACGCAUUAAAAAUGAAACCAAAAUAAGACUGUAUCAACAAACAUUGAAAUUUUUGUAAGAAAAUUUAAAGAUUAAAAAAGCAGCAAA